AUGGAUGACCUGCUGAACCUCGAGCUACUAUCGCUCGUAUCAAAGGUCACAUCCGAACUACAGAAUCACAUCGGCAUCAGCGACAAGACUCUUGCCGAGUUUCUCAUCUCGCAACGCCUCGAAAGCUCCAGCACCGAUGACUUCCGCAAGAGACUCGACAAGAUUGGUGCGGAUUUCCCGCCCAGUCUGGUGGACAGUCUGGAUCGCCUGGUGCUUGCUAUGCAUCCAAAGUUCAAAGGAAACGGCGAUCAAAUCAACGGAGAGGAACACCACUCUCGAACACUUGAGGAGAAAGAAAAGGUCUUUAGUGGUCUCGCACUGGCAGACAAAGCGGUCGCAUAUGAUAGUGGCGCAGAUGCGAUAGAUGACACCCUUGCAUUGCUAGAAGGUUUAGAAGGCAAAGCAAAAAAAGAAAAGGCGUCGAGAAAGCGCAGCAGAAGUCCCGAGUACGAUGGCAAGGAGUCACGGAGGAGACGGCGGGACAGAUCACGCUCGCGCAACCGGCGCACAAGAGAACGAUUCAGGUCACGAUCCAAGUCACAAGACAGAGGUGACGAAGACUGGAGAGACGGGUUCAAAGAGUCGCGCAACGACAGAAGGGGCCGAAGAAGACACGAUGAAGACGAAAGCGAUGACCGGUUGCGUAAAGCGCCGUACCCUGAAAUUGACGAUGCGCCAAAGCUGCACAAGGUUUACCAGGGACAUGUGACUGGUGUAAGGGACUUUGGUGCCUUUGUCAAUUUACACCACGUCCGAGGAAAGGUAGAUGGUCUGGUGCAUAUCUCGAGAAUAAUCGCUGGACAACGGGUGAACCAUCCUUCCGAUCUAUUAUCCAAAGGUCAGGAUGUGUGGGUCAAGGUCACCAGCGUUGAAGGAAAUAGAAUCGGGUUAUCCAUGAGGGACGUGGAUCAAGAGACCGGAAUGGAUCUGGAACCGCAAGCGCGACUGACAACAGGAGCCAAUAUGGAGGCUCUUGGAGGCGGUGUCAAGAAUGGCUUUGUCAACGAUACAUCGGCCAUGCCACGAGAUGUACUUGGUCCACCUAGACGGCAUAAGAAGCGCAUGACGUCCCCUGAAAGAUGGGAAAUUCGGCAGCUUAUUGCGUCGGGAGUUGCUAAAGCCUCCGAUUACCCGGAUUUGGAAGAGGACUAUAAUGCUACCCUCCAAGGCGAUGGAGAGAUGGCAUUAGAAGAAGAUGUGGACAUCGAAGUUCGUGAAGAAGAACCGCCAUUUUUGGUUGGCCAGACCAAACAGUCUCUGGAACUGUCUCCUAUCCGCGUCGUCAAGGCGCCUGAUGGCUCGAUGAACCGUGCCGCCAUGUCUGGCACCUCCAUUGCCAAGGAACGAAAGGAGCUGAAGCAGCAAGAAGCAGAUGCCGCCGCCAAGGAGAAGAAAUCCAACCAGAAUCUCUCAUCACAGUGGCAGGAUCCCAUGGCCGACCCUGACAAACGGACAUUUGCUAGUGACUUGAGGAACGCGAGGAUGCAAGCCGAGUCAGAGGAUGUUCCAGAGUGGAAGAAGGCCGUCAUACCCAAGGGCCAGUCUCUAGGCAAGCGAACCAACCUCAGCAUCAAGGAGCAGCGAGAGUCCCUGCCUGUGUACGCUUUCCGCAGCCAACUUAUCAAAGCUGUGCAAGAGAACCAGAUUCUAAUCGUAGUGGGGGAGACUGGCUCGGGAAAGACUACUCAGCUCACUCAGUACCUGGCAGAGGCAGGCUUUGCGGACAAGGGCAUCAUUGGCUGUACACAACCCCGAAGAGUCGCGGCCAUGUCAGUUGCCAAGCGUGUUGCCGAAGAAGUCGGCUGCAACAUGGGAGAAGAAGUGGGCUACCUGGUUCGAUUCGAUGACUGUACCAGUCCCUCGACAAGAAUCAAGUACAUGACGGAUGGUAUGUUGCAGCGAGAAAUCUUAAUGGACUCGGACCUGAAGAGAUACUCGUGUAUCAUGUUGGACGAGGCGCACGAACGUACAAUUGCAACAGAUGUACUUUUCGCCUUGCUUAAGAAGGCUGUAUUACGCCGGCCAGACCUCAAAAUUAUCGUCACCUCGGCAACUCUUGAUGCGGACAAGUUCUCGUCAUAUUUUCAUGAAUGUCCAAUUUUCACGAUUCCUGGUCGCACCUUUCCGGUAGAGAUUCUCUACUCAAGGGAACCGGAAUCUGACUAUCUGGAUGCAGCCUUGGUGACAGUCAUGCAAAUCCACUUGACUGAGCCAAAGGGCGAUAUUCUACUGUUCCUGACAGGAAAAGAGGAAAUUGACACAGCCUGCGAAAUUUUGUAUGAGCGGAUGAAGGCUCUCGGACCGUCGGUUCCAGAGCUUCUAAUUCUGCCCGUCUAUGCCAGUCUGCCUGCUGAGAUGCAGAGCAAGAUCUUUGAUCCCGCGCCGCCGGGGACUAGAAAAGUCGUCAUUGCCACAAACAUUGCCGAGACAUCCAUUACUAUUGAUGAGAUUUACUACGUUGUCGACCCUGGAUUCGUCAAGCAAAGCGCCUACGACCCCAAAUUAGGCAUGGAUUCGCUGGUCGUUACACCAGUAUCUCAAGCCCAAGCAAAUCAGAGAGCUGGCCGAGCCGGCCGAACAGGCCCCGGAAAGUGCUUCAGACUCUAUACCGAAGCAGCGUAUCAAUCCGAAAUGUUGCCCACGACCAUUCCUGAAAUCCAGCGGCAGAACCUCUCACACACGAUUCUCAUGCUAAAAGCCAUGGGCAUCAACGACCUCCUCCACUUUGACUUCAUGGACCCUCCGCCCGUAAACACCAUGUUGACGGCACUGGAAGAGCUCUACGCACUCAGUGCCCUUGACGACGAAGGUCUGCUAACGCGCCUUGGUCGCAAAAUGGCAGACUUCCCCAUGGACCCUGCCUCUGCCAAGGUACUGCUCUCCGCUGUGGACCACCAGUGCUCUGACGAAGCUCUCAGCAUCAUUGCCAUGCUCUCCCUCCAAGGCGCAGUCUUUUAUCGGCCCAAGGAAAAGCAAACACAGGCCGACCAGAAAAAGGCCAAGUUCCACGACCCUCACGGCGACCACCUCACAUUCCUUAACGUCUACAAUUCAUGGAAACAAAACGCCUACUCCAACCCGUGGUGCUUUGAAAACUUCAUCCAGGCGCGCUCCAUGCGCCGCGCCAAGGACGUCCGAGACCAGCUUGUCAAAAUCAUGGAACGCUACAAGCACCCCAUUGUCUCGUGCGGCCGCAACACGGAUAAAGUCCGUCGCGCCAUGUGCUCGGGGUUCUUCCGCAACGCCGCGCGCAAGGACCCCCAGGAGGGAUACAAGACUCUUACAGAGGGGACGCCCGUGUAUUUGCACCCUAGCUCGGCGCUGUUUGGCAAGCAGGCCGAGUGGGUGAUUUACCACGAUCUCGUCUUGACCACCAAGGAGUACAUGCAUUGCACGUCGUCCAUUGAGCCCAAGUGGUUGGUGGAGGCGGCACCCACCUUCUUCAAGGUCGCGCCGAGCGAUAGACUGAGUAAGCGGAAGCAGGCCGAGAGGAUUCAGCCGCUGUAUAAUAAGUUUGCGGGCGAGGAUGACUGGAGAUUGAGUGCGCAGAGGAGAGGUGGUAGGGGCGGCGGCGGCGGCACAUGGGGUUAA